CCCAGAAAGAUGGCAGACAAGCCGGACAUGGGGGAAAUCGCCAGCUUCGAUAAGGCCAAGCUGAAGAAGACGGAGACGCAGGAGAAGAACACCCUGCCGACCAAAGAGACCAUCGAACAGGAGAAGCGGAGUGAGAUUUCCUAAGAGCCUGGACGGUUUCCCCACCUCGACCCCGACCCGCCCAGCCACCCACCACCCGUGUCCCCUCGAGACCCCAGUUCGUGAUGUGAUGAGCAAGAGCCACCUGCAAGAUGGACACGAGCGACAAGCUGCACUGUGAAUCCGGGCGCUCCCACGCGCGGGCGCCCCUCCCUCGACCUGGGGGGUGUCUCCGAGGGACCCC